AUAAACAGAAGAUAACGUUGUGAUAGAUGGACAAUGUAAGGUACCUUAUCUUUUUACGAGAAUAAUUUAGAUAAUCAACAAUGUAAACCUAAUUAAGGUACAAACAUCAUAUUUUCAGCAAACUCAGCAGGUUCUGGAUGCAAAGCUGGGAGAAAACACAAAGAAAGUUUAUUGACCCUCAUGCGUAAGACUUGUCAAAAACGGCAGAGGUCUAGUAAUACAUCAAAAAUUUGAAAAUCUGAGGGGUCAACGGACGCACUGGAUGUUGCUCCUCGUUCAAGAGAUGAGAAAGUUGGUUCGACAGAGUCACAUUGGCUGACAUCGGGUCUGAUGCGAUUGGUCGAGUUCAACGUCUCAGAGUUUCCCAAUUGAAAGAUGCUGGGGUUUCUUGGAAUUAACGAGGCCAUUUCUGGCUUCCAGAAACAGAUUGGAGCCUAUGACAAAGAACUGUGGGAAGAACAUGUAGAAGAAAAGGAACUUAAUAUACAGGGUCUACAAGCUGGUGCUAACAAUGUUCCACUCCGGACGAGUCGGCUGAAAACAGAACUCAUUGAUAUUGAUCUUGUAAGAGGUUCAACAUUUACCAAAACCAAGCCUGAGCAUUCCUCGGGCUCCAUUGCACGUAAAGGACUUAUCAGGGUGAUGCUGUUUCCACUAUACUGUAGUUGGUGGAAGAAACAGCUAUCGAAAUGGAUGUACAUUAGUUUACUAGGGUUGUAUUUCAUGCAGUCUUUGGUGGUGAUUGUGUACUGCUUGUACAUACCAAAGGAAGGACAACAGCCAAUCUUCUUCACAGAGAUUUUCAUGCCCAUUGUCUUGUCAUUAGUUCUUGGCACUGUCUACUCACUAGUUGUAGGUACCACCGUAGCAAAGUCAAGGUCCUUGAGAAGGCGAAUGACAAGGAGAAGCCGAGAAAUCAAAACCAAAUCUAGUAAAACCACUUCAGAAGACGCCAACGGCUACGGAAAGAAACGCGGCAUGCGCCGCAGCCAGUCCCUCCCCUGCACUGCUGAGACAUUCUUCCAGAUGCGACAAGCCCGCCGCACUCUCACCCGUCGCUUCUCCCGACCAGGUAUCGUUGUCGAGGACAGCGUAACCGGUCGACGGGAGAGCCUUGUGGAAGGGAUGGACGAGGCGAGCGUGGAAGAUGGCCUCGGUGUUCGACAUCGCGUGAAGACAGUGACGUAUGUUGGAGGAGUCACGGGGGAUGAAACGACAGGAUGUGCAGAGGAGGACCUCACACUCUUGGGAAAACCCAUCAAGGAGUCGUCCCUGGCAGGGGAGAUACUCCGCCCGGAUCAAGACCUGCCAGGCCUGACGGAACCGGACACUCCGAUCGUCUUCUCCGCUUCCGAUCAGACUCCGGCCGUCAAGCUCGUCUGUGAGAAGGGGUUGGUUGAUGUCAAAGGUCAACCUGCAAAGGAGAGUGAAGGAUACGUGACAAAGAAACCCGGGGAGGAGGCUGGAACUGUGGAGGUGUCUAAGGUUUCUUUCCUUGAGCGUGCUAAAAAAGCCUCCAACUCUGCGUUCAGUGACGAGGUUUCAGACAACCCCCCGCAUGCAUCAGACAGCGAGGGGGCCCCAGAGGAACCCGCGGGGCGCAGACACGAGCUUCGCCUCCGAGGGCGUGCUGGUGUACGAAAGGGUCGACGAAAGUGCCGUGAGUACGGCAGUUCAAAUGACUCUGACGUGGAUCCAGUUCCUGUUAGGCAAGCGAAGUCCCUCAUGGAGGAUCCACACCUGCGAGGUCCGUCCCGUUCAGGGGACUCUGAUAUGGACGACCCCAGCUGGGGUGAGACGGCGGAGGAGGUAUCCUCCUCUGGCUCAUCCAGUGAGUCCAGCGAGAGUGACUCGACAGACACAGACAACGAGAAGCCCGAGGAACUACCUCACUUUGAGGACCCGUUCAAGCUGAUGCCCGCGACAGUUACAAGCACCCCGAGUGCCUGCACGAACACGGAGAAAAUCCGUGUUCGUAUCUUCGAGGGGAAUGAAUGCAAGAAGGCUGAUCUAAGCGUCCUGGAGAUAAGCUGCCAUAUCAACACUAAAGUCCACAACACCCGCAAUAACUGUGAUUACAUCUUCAUUGGUGCUAUCUGUUCAUUCAUCCUGGCUAGUAUACCAGUCAGCUUCAGAUUACGAGGAGUCUCUCUAUUGGAGCCGAAUCUCUCGUGGCUGACUUACUCCUGUUUCAUGAGGGCAGCAAGCACCUUGAGGCUUAACAGUACAGCCUACAUUGUUGUUGGCGUGUGCAGCUUGGAACGCUUUGCUCUGAGCUUCAUGUUUUUCUUUCUGUUGUCUGUUGCUGAGAAGACGUACAAACAGAGGAGUCUUUUUGCGAAGUACUUCUCUCACCUGACCUCCACCCGCCGAGCUCGUAAAUCUUGCCUUCCACACUUCAGACUCGACAAGGUCAGCAACAUCAAAGCAUGGCUGUCACUCAGGUCCUUUCUCAAGAAGCGCGGUCCGCAGAGGUCUAUUGAUGUCAUUGUGUCUUCAGCCUUUAUGGUUACACUAUGUCUGGUCUCUGCUUUGUGCGUCGAGAUGUUACAGAGAGACUUCAAGUUCUUAUCCCACCUAUUCAACUGGGAGGUCAUAGCAUGGGCCUUCUGUAUGUGUCCCUUCCUGUUGAGGUUCAUGACGCUUGGCUCCAACAUCAACAAGAAGUUCCGCAACACGUCUGUGCUCCUAACUGAACAGAUCAACCUGUAUCUCCACAUGGAGAAGAAACCACACAAGAAGGAAGAUCUAAUGCUGGCAAAUAAUGUACUUAAACUUGCCUCUAAGCUCCUCAAGGAGAUAGAAACUCCCUUCAAGAUUGCCGGCUUGACAAUGAAUCCUGUCCUGUACAAUAUAACAAGAGUGGUGGUUCUGUCUGCAUUCUCUGGUGUACUCACUGAGCUUCUUGGAUUCAAGCUGAAGCUAUGGAAGAUCAAAGCGACGUGAAGACCAUGUCAAGUCUACUUUGCCAGCUCUUGAAAUACUUAUAAAUGUAUUAUAAUCAAUCAGUAUUCAGAACCUUAUAAAUUUCUGUAUAGAGGAUGACCAUUUUAAAAAGACUGGCUACCAGUCUUAUGCAGCUGCCUCAAACAGAUUUGCGAAGGUACUUUCCAAAGUUUUUAUCAUUUUCAUGGUUAUUUAAAGUGUAGGACUGUGGAGAUGGUAGAGGUAAGCUGUGGACAAUAAACAAAUAUUGAUAUUAUGAUAAUGGAAGUAGUAGACGACACACAAUGAUGAAACUGAAAUACUGAAAGAUCUAGUGUUGGUUCCAGGGAAUUCUGUUUGCGGAGAUUCGGUCUCCCCCAUAUCAAUUUGAUUUUUCAAUUUUAUUUUUUAAGAAUUAUUUGUAUGGGUGGUUUGGAGGAAGAGGAUUCAAAAGAGGGCGUUAUCAGAGGAAAUUUGACACAGUCUGCCAUUUUGGAUCUCUGAAUCUGUGGAUGAACCGAAUCUCAUGCCACAUGGGACCGGGAGAGGGGCAUUUUAUUUGAAAAUAAAACCCUUGGAUCUCCUACCACUGUCAGAUUAUUACAAAAUGCCAUACUGGUUGCAGCCAUUUGUAAUGUUGAUUCCACAAUUUUUUUUGCAAAGCCAACAACCUUUCCAGAAGUGAAGGGAAUAAUUUGCUUUACAAUAUCAAUUUUAAUUGUUUUUAAUCUUAUUUAUUAUGUGUUAACACUCUAAAACUGCAGUAGUUUUGUGCACAAGCCUACACUAGAUGUAUAAAGUGUUUUAUAAUGACCCCCCUUUGCUUAUAGUUGUACUGCGUUAAGAGUCGAGGCCGAGAACAGAAUUCAAGCUCUGCUGAUUCUGUUCAGCAGAGUGUGAGUUCGAAUCCCGGUCGUGACACUUGUGUCCCUGAG